CAAAGCUUCGGCACGUCACGUGGCGGUGCAGGCUUUUCCGACAUGGCGAUCGGUCGAGCGUCGAAAAGGCGAAAGGUCCCUCAAAAAAGUGAGAGAGAUCUGUCCGAAAUUUCUUACAAAGCCGCUAUCACUUGUUUGGCUCUGGGCUUUGGGUUCCUACACCGGUGGCAUGUAUCGACGCUUUUCGAGAAUGCAAGACACUUUUCUCAUCUGUCCGAGAUCGAGAGGGAAAUGUCAUUCAGAACGGAAAUGGGAAUGUAUUAUUCUUACUACAAGACGAUAGCAAACUCAAAGAACUUUAUCGAUGGUUUAACGAGGAUAAACAGUGACAAUUUAUCGGAGUAUCCAAACGUCAUUAAUGCGGAAGCAAAGUACAAUCUUUUUCCCGAGGUGAUGACAGGAUUGCUGUACCAUGCUGGAAAAUCACUCGGAAUAAUAACGAAGCAGCACUGUUGGCAGAUAGAAAGAGGAGAGGGACUCUCGCCUGUGACAAGUUGCGAGGGACUUGGCGUCCCGAUAUAUUUCUAUCUCGAGGUCGUAUGGUAUUUUGCUAGUGCAACCGGCGUCGUUUUAUUCCUCUAUGGAACGUACCUCAGUGGUACUGUUUACGGUGGGAUAAUUGCGAUUUUGUCGUUUUUCUACAACCACACCGAAUGUACCAGGGUACAAUGGACCCCGCCGUUACGAGAGAGCUUCGCCUAUCCAGCGUUGUUGUAUCAGAUGUACAGAGUUACAACGAUCAUCGACAAGUACCAAACGAAAGCUGGCAAAGAGCAGCUCGCCUGGCGAGAAAUUCUCAUCAAUGGUCGAUACAUCGAUCUUCUGGCAAUCACAGCGAUAAGCUUGCACAGUUGGCAAUUCUCGCAAUUCGUAUUGACGACUCAAUUAAUCGCGUUAAUGAUACUGCAAUGGUUGAGAAUAAUACCGAGGGAUUUGUACUCGAAGUUGUCGGCCCUCCACGCGAUACCGGUGGCUGUAAUAAUAUUUGCGACCCGGAGCAACCUUCUACUGUGUUCGCUGUACACUUGCUUGCUGGUCGGGAGUAAUUACAGUAAUUUUAUGAACAGCAGUAUCGAGGGCCGUACCAGUACGAGGACUCUCGUGUUUUGGCAAAUAGUUGGCUCGGUCGGUACGACGAUAAUGCUCAAAAGUAUCCUCGUCGCCUUCGACGACGACCGUCAUAUAUUCAAUCUUUUGAGGUCGAAGUUCGGUAGCUACAAAGACUUUCACACUUUGUUGUACACGUGCUCGGCCGAGUUUGAUUUCCUGCAGUACGAAACCUACGAAGCGAUCGUCAGCACGCUCCUCCUGCCGAGCGCCAUUUUGGCAGGGUUUCUCGUUCUUUAUUAUUGGUACAGAAAUUACCAAACUGUUGGUUACCCCGAUUGCAUAGAGGUCGCUGUCGCUUACAACGCUCUGCAGACCGGGGCUUUUAUUAUUAUGGCUUUUUUUAUAAUGAGACUGAAACUGUUUAUGACACCACAAUUGUGCAUUAUCGCUGGUCUUGCCAGCACCAAAAGAUACCUCGACAAAGUUGGCAUUAAGAAGGAAAACAUGAGGGCUGCCAUCGUCGUUCUCCUUAUCGCUGGUAUGUCGUAUCACGGUAUUCGCAGACUUGAGGAGGAACACGAUUUCAUCGGCGAGUACAGCAACAUCGAGCAGGAAGAAUUGUUCGAGUGGAUCAAAUCGAGCACACCGAAGACCGCUGUCUUUGCUGGCAAAAUGUCGCUCAUGGCGAACGUGAUGCUGUCGACCGAGAGGCCGAUAGCGAAUAAUCCCUACUACGAAAACAAAGAAAUGAGGGACAGAACGCUCAAGGUUUAUGAGAUUUAUAGCAGAAAGGAUGCAGUUACAGUUUACGACACGUUGCGAAAAAUGCAAGUUGACUACGUCGUGCUCGAAGAGGGACUGUGCUACGGCCUCGGCAGCGUGCCUGCUGGCUGUCGAAUGAUUGAUCUGUGGGACUUGACAGACAACGAGAAGAGCAAACGCGCCGGAAAGAGGCCCCUGUGUCCGAUCCUCUUCCGAGGUAAUUCUCAUCCGUUCAGGAGAGUCUUCGUGAACCGAAAAUACGUCGUUCUCCGGCUGGAUUAUUCGACGUACGUCGAGCUCAAGCCGAGCCCGCCUGUUUUGUUUCAAUCGUGGUGAAAACUCGGUAAUUUUGAGCGCACACACACACACACGAGUCGUUGUUAGCAUCGAAUUCAUUUUCCGUGGUCUAUGAUUGGACAUUGACGCAAUCACUAAAAAGUUUCGACACUAUGCAAGUAUCUCCGAUGGGAAUUCACGAGGUUGAGUAACUGGCCAAUUCGAUUAACGAGUUGUCGAGAAUGCUGGAACAAAUUAGACGUCGAAGAUGCCAAAAGUGGAAAGAUCUCGGAAUCCUGGAAAGAAAAUUCUCAAUUUGUUUUCCCUCAUUCUCCGUUCGCCGAUUAUAACGAGCGUUGGCCAACCGCGUGCGCCUCGCGAUAAGAAGUGGGAGGAGCGAGCGAUAACGCGAGCGCCUGUUCGGGAAGCGGAAAUAGCGAAAAUCCCACCCCGGGUUGGAGCUUCGCGACGCACGGGAUUGGCUGGCACUGUUCAAUAAAAAUCUCUUUUCACCAUUCAACCAAAGAGAAAAACGGACGAGAAGUUUUCUCUUCAGAAUUUCGCGAGCUGCCUUCCACAUAAAUCUGCGCUCUUGCGGAGCAGCUCACGGAAAUACUUGCAUAACGUACACGCGUAAAUGCGGUCGUGCCUUCUGUUGGCUAUUUUUCAUAUUUUCACUGAAUUUUAUGAACGCUCUCUUAAGCAGAGAGGAAAAAUAAUUUCGACGAGUCAUAGUCGCACGUGUUCGCCUACUUUGCUUCCUCUUCGUCAAUUAUUUUUGUUUGUUUUUAUACGAAAAGUGAGAAAAUUAGGGAAUGCGAAGGGUGAUCGUGUUUGUAAAUAGGCCGAGCGUCUUAUCGCGUGAUUCUCGUGUUCCACGUGCUUCAAUUCUUCGGGUUCUUGCUAUUUUUAUUCUCUUAUUUUUCUUCAAAUCAGUACUGAAAACUCGAAAAAGCAGCAGGAAAUACACAGACUUAAUAAUCGACAGCGCAGCCCCUUUAUCGCUAAUACUAACCAUGCUUCCAACUGUCAUUCCACGCUGAAUAUUUCGAAAGGGAAGGAGAGUCGAGCCGGUAGGGCCCUAAUGUAUCGACUCGAAAGUUCAAGAGCCAAAAUAGUUGUUGCUCGAUGUGCGACAUCUGACUUUGAAACAAAAGAGAUUAUGGAUCGCUAUGUUAAUGAAAAAGGAAAAUCGCACACGCGUCGGAUCGCGAUUGGAAUGGGGCUAAGGCUGGGCGGAAGGGAGAUCGGUACGCGUUUACGUGCCGAGCAUGGAAGAAAAAGUGGCAAAGAGUUUAACUGCUUGGCCAGUUCUCCCCGAUAGCGAGCAAGAGUGAAAGCGUAGCAAAAAUAUUUUCCCCGAGAGGGGCUGCGCGGAGGAGUUUAUGGGGAGGAAGGGGGAGGAAAAAAUGUUAUGGGGGCCUGAGCGAUCGGCGAACUUUUCUCUCGCGUUGCCUGCGCGGCUGGCGUGUGAGGCCCUGUCGAUAUCUCGAGACGAUUCGAGCUACCGUUUUAAAUGCUUUCUUUCUCUCUCGCUCGUGAGAGAAAUCUGGCGCUUCCGUGUCGAUGUGAAAAACGGCGAAGGCGCCCCGCGCCUUCAUUACUGAUUAAAACCAAAUUGUUCUUCCUCUUGGCACGGAAAUGUACGAGCGGCGAAAGAGGCUCGAGGAGAUCCGGGCUCAAGAAGCUCCGAACUUUCAUCCCGAUCGAAUAUUCAAAUUUUUACUUAUCAUUUAUUACCGUACUUUCGGAAAUGCGCACUUUAAAGGCCAACGUUGUUUUGCCUUCCUUUCUACGUCCCAUUACCUGAAAAGUUACCGAUCCCAAGUACCCCCCCAGUGGCGAGAACGCACUUCUCGCUUCGUGCAUUUUUCACUCGUUUUAUCGCAAACGAGAACGUUUAUUGACGUCCAAAGUGUGCGUGCGUGUUUACGUUACACGGGCGAAGAAAAAUGUGAAAGCAAUGUCGCUACACACUGAAUUUAUAGUCAUGACAAAGAAUUGUGAUGUAACGAAGAGAUGAAAUAUCAUUAAAGAGCCAUUACGAAUGACA